GGCACGAAUUUACAGUAAUGUUUUAAUGUAUGAUGGUAGUAAAUAGUAUUAAUUAAUUAUUAUUUAUAAAAAUGAGCGAGAAUAAAACAUUCCAGUCAUGUUUUGUGCCAUUAUGUGGAAGCACCAAUGUCAAAACACCAAAUAAAAUAUUUUUUUGUGUUCCAAAGGACGAAAAAAUGAGGUUAAAGUGGUUUCAAUUUGCUCGUCGAAAAGAUGUUCCAAAGGAUAAGUACACUUAUUACUGUUGCGACGAUCAUUUUAAUAUAAAGGAUGACAUGGACAAUUAUAUUAGAUAUUGUCUUAUGGGAGGACCAAAAAAAUUGAAAAAAGAUGCGAUUCCUCACAAAUUUGCUUGUCAGCCUAAUAGGUGUAAAAUAAAUGAAGAAUCACGACCAGCUUUUAUAAAAUUGAAUAGAAAGAGAGAAAUUCAAGACAUUUUAUCGGAAACUGAAAAUCAAGAAAAUUUCACAUCAAAACAAAACGAUCAACCAGCGUCAAAAAAUAGGAAAAUUUGUGAUGUUAUUGAAAAAGAGGCUUUAACUAAUUUAACAAAUAUAGCAGAGUUAAGUAAAAUUGAAAGUCCCCUUGACGUCCCACUGUCAAACAAUUUGUCCUCUGUAACACAGGAUGCCUUACAACCAGGCUUUUUUAUGGAAAAAGAAAACGAAUCCUCUGUAAAUUUACUACCUACAGAAAACUGCGAUCAAAAUAGUAAAAAAUCUGUUGGUACACAAGUGCGGAAAAGUUUUACAAAUCCUCAUGUUCGAAGUAAGCACACUACAUGCAAGCCUGACACCCGUGAUGCAUCUUGUGAAACUAAAGUAGAAAUGGUUGAUAAAAUGUGUUCACCGAUCAAUUUUUGUGGAAAAGAGUCUGUAAAAUCUACUUUGCUUAAUUCCGAUUCAAGUGCAAUUGUGUCUUCGUCUAACGUUACCAGCGAAUAUAAAUAUACGUCAAUAUCCAGCGAGUAUAAAAAAUCUUCAACUUGCAGUGAGGAAAAAAAUGAAAAACAAAAAGCAAUGAAAAAAUCAAUUCUUGAUAUCACCCUAUAUUUAAUAAGUGUAGAUCCAAAAAAAUAUGUUGGUAUUAAUCAGGAAUGGUUGUGGAUUUUACCUAUGUUGAGUUCUUCUACAAAUUGCAGCGUUAAUAAUAUUAAACUCACUUUGCAAAAAAUUAAAACUGAUGACACUUUUAGUCGACUGGGUGAUCAGUAUGGUAUCUCAACUUCGCAGGCAAGCCGAAUUUUUGAUAAAAAUGUAGAUCGAUUAGCUCACUAUUUAAAAACGCUUGUAUACUUUCCUGAUGAAAAAAGUAUAAAAAAAAAUUUACCUAUUGCAUUUCGAGCUAAUUACAGUAAUGCAUGUGCUAUUAUUGAUGCUUUUGAAAUAGAGAUUGAAAAACCUUCAAAUCCAGUUCAUCAGGCGCUAACGUGGUCAGAUUAUAAGAAAUGCAACACAAUGAAGUAUUUGAUAGUAUGCUCUCCGGAUGGAUUUAUUACUUUUACAUCUAAAGGGUACGGAGGAAGGAUAAGCGACACCUUGUUAUUUGAAGAGAGCAAAUUAAUAAAUAUUCUCCCUGCUGGAUGUGGAGUUUUAGCUGAUCGAGGUUUCAAACACAUUCAGUCAGUUUUAAACAAACGAAAAUGUAAAUUACUUCGUCCGCCGUCAGUUUCGACUACUUCAAAAUCGACAAAAGCAGAAGUUUUAAAAACAAAAAGCAUUGCAAGUAUAAGGAUUCAUAUCGAAAGAGUCAUUCGAAGGGUUCGAGAAUUUGAAAUAUUAAAACCUCAUUCUUGCCUUGAUCUAAAUACAGUGGUGAAGUUAGAUAGUAUUGUAACUAUUGUUGGAGGUUUGAUUAAUUUACAAAAACCUAUAAUAAGAAAAUAAAUGUUUGCUAACAAAUGAAGUUCAUGUACAAAUCAAACAGUAGUAAUAAAAUAUAAUAAGUAUUUGUUUAUUAUUUAUGAUUAAUAUAUUUAUAAAUUUUUUACUUAUUAAAUAUUGUAUUUAAAAUUCUAUCGAUGGAAAAUAAUAAAAUAAUAUAUUUAUCAGAAAA